AUGUCACAGACGAUCGAUGAUUACACCGACACCAUAGAUUUGACAUUCGAUGCAAACCUUAGAACUCCCGCGGAAGCUCGCAUGUUCUGCGAUGAUAUGAAACGUGAAGGGUAUACGCGAACGCCAUACUUGAAAGAGCUCCGUCUGUCUGCCGACGCCUGCUGGAACAUAGACGUCGGGCUCUUGUCAGAUCUGCUAUUUUCCACCUGCAAUUUGCGGUUGCUUAGGCUGGCUCAUAGCGAAGCACUGUUCCAAAAGGACUUGUCGCUCUCCAAAAACAUCGCAUCGCUCCACACCCUCACAACUCUCGAACUGUACGACGGAGGCCUUCAUACGAUCGAAAUGUUUACCACGAUGCGUAGCAAACUUCUCCGAGUUGUCCACAUCACUGACCGGAACGAUCCAACGCACCGCGUUUAUAAUUAUGCGCCGUUCUUCAGUUGCGGCGCCAUCCGGGGUCUCAAAACCCUCGUUCUCGACUCCCUGAAGUGCGACGACAAGACCUUCGGCUCCGAGGGCCGGAAGCUCAAAUUCAAGUCGGUGGAAUCACUUACCUUGAGCCGCAGCAAAGUGCCCAUGAAUGUCUUUGUCAAAGCGUUUCCUUGCAUCAAAAGUCUGAUUCUGGCCGAAGUUACACCGAGCAUCGAAUAUCGUUGGCCCUAUUUGUGCAGCCUCGCCGUCGAUCUACUCAGCUGUUGGCCUAUCGCAUUCAACGUGGACCACCUGAUGAUCACGCGUCUCGACACAGCUGAAUCUCGUGGAUUAAUCGAGCCAAUUCUACAAGCUGUUAAGCAUAUGAUGCCCCACGUCUUAACCUUGUCCCCGCAAUCGGACAUCGAAGAUGAGUUUUGGAACGGCCUGAAGGUCUCCGUGCCAAGCGUCGUAGCGCUGCAAAUACGCUUCGAUGAUGUUUUAGCCGUCAACGCUAGGACGUUGGGGAACCGGCUAGUUUGGGCGGCUCAGGCUCCUCACCCUUCCGUUCAUGCACGGGCCACCGGCAGCCGCGUUUUUACACGAAUUCACGAGCAUGCCCUCUCGCUGGAAUACCUCGUUUUCGAGGUGUUUGAAGGUCGAUACAUGAAUACCGGUGUGAACAGUGCCAUAUUCACGCAUAGGUUGCAAGUCACCAGGGACAUAUCCGGCGGCAAGCAGAUCACCGAGCUGACGUCCGCCAAUGACUCUGUCCUACUUCAAGAAGUCUUGCGUGAUGUCGACUGUGAUGCUCCGGAGUGGUAA